AGAUUGCUCAAGCCGUGGGCGGGGCCAUAAAGCUCCCAAGAGAUAUGUCCUUUGUCUUUGGCAACCAGGGUGGGUAGAGAAAGACCACCAGGUGGGAGCAGAGAUAGGGAGCCUGCAGGACCAAUCCAGUUCCUUCAAAGUGUCUGUGGAUUUUCUCAGCUUUCCUGAUAUGUUCCUGUGGUAGUUCUUGAAGCAAAAGUUCACAAGAACACAUUGGAUACACUGGUUAUUUUACCAAGGCUUUGGCUGGAAUGUUACAUUUUUGAAUGUGACCAAACUGCUUUGAGGAAUUGAGGCUGACUUUAUAAAGCCAAUAGACAUGGGAGAGACUGGCCUCAUGCCUUGCCCACAUGGUUCCCUUACGAGGUUCCUCAGCUUGCGCCUCAAGCUCCUGGGCUCAAACGAUCCUUCCGCCUCGGUCUGCCAAAGUGCUGAGAUUACAGGCGUGAGACACCGCGCCUGGCCUUAAAAUCCUUUUUUUUUUUUUUAUUUUUUUUUUGAGACGGAGUCUCGCUCUGUCGCCCAGGCUGGAGUGCAGCGGCGCAAUCUCGGCUCCCUGCAAGCUCCGCCUCCCGGGUUCACGCCAUUUUCCUGCCUCAGCCUCUCCGAGUAGCUGAGACUACUGGCGCCCGCCACCACGCCCAGCUAAUUUUUUGUAUUUUUAGUAGAGACGGGGUUUCACCGUGGUCUCGAUCUCCUGACCUCGUCAUCCGCCCGCCUUGGCCUCCCAAAGUGCUGGGAUUACAAGCGUGAGCCACCGCGCCCGGCCUAAAAUCCAUUUUAAAGGCACUUUGACAUCCAUUAUCUCAUUUAAGUCUAAAACACGAAUUUCGACCUCCGCACUGCUUUCUGGUUCCACCUGGCGGCAGCUGCACAAAGUGUUUCUCUUCGAACUCCGUCCCAAGUUUAUCCGGAACUACUUAGCCCAGGUUUUCCUGAGUGCUCCUCCGGCCAAAAGCGGAGAGCACAAAUUCCGGAAGAAAUUACCAACGGCGGGACCAUUUCAGUGCUCCGGAAGUAUCACCAGUAACCAAUAAGCAAAAAGCUCUAGUUCACGUGGUGUAUAUUCAGCCUAUCAAGCUCCUGAUAUUCAUGAAUGCCGUCAUUUCCGCUCCUGCUUCCUUCUUUCUCGACAAGAUGGCCACACCGGCGGUACCAGCAAGUGCUCCUGCGGCCACGCCAGCGCCAGUCCCGGCGGCGGCCCCAGCCUCGGUCCCAGCCUCAGUUCCAGCGCCAACGCCAGCACCGGCUGCGGCUCCGGUUCCCGCUGCGGCUCCGGUUCCCGCUGCGGCUCCAGCCUCAUGCUCAGACCCUGCGACAGCAGCGGCUACAACUGCGGCUCCUGGCCAGACCCCGGCCUCAGCGCAAGCUCCAGCGCAGACCCCAGCGCCCGCUCUGCCUGGUCCUGCUCUUCCAGGGCCCUUCCCCGGCGGCCGCGUGGUCAGGCUGCACCCAGUCAUUUUGGCCUCCAUUGUGGACAGCUACGAGAGACGCAACGAGGGUGCUGCCCGAGUUAUCGGGACCCUGUUGGGAACUGUCGACAAACACUCAGUGGAGGUCACCAAUUGCUUUUCAGUGCCGCACAAUGAGUCAGAAGAUGAAGUGGCUGUUGACAUGGAAUUUGCUAAGAAUAUGUAUGAACUGCAUAAAAAAGUUUCUCCAAAUGAGCUCAUCCUGGGCUGGUACGCUACAGGCCAUGACAUCACAGAGCACUCUGUGCUGAUCCAUGAGUACUACAGCCGAGAGGCCCCCAACCCCAUCCACCUCACUGUGGACACAAGUCUCCAGAACGGCCGCAUGAGCAUCAAAGCCUAUGUCAGCACUUUAAUGGGUGUCCCUGGGAGGACUAUGGGAGUGAUGUUCACACCUCUGACAGUGAAAUACGCAUACUAUGACACUGAACGCAUCGGAGUUGACCUGAUCAUGAAGACCUGCUUUAGCCCCAACAGAGUGAUUGGACUCUCAAGUGACUUGCAGCAAGUAGGAGGGGCAUCAGCUCGCAUCCAGGAUGCCCUGAGCACAGUGUUGCAAUAUGCAGAGGAUGUACUGUCUGGAAAGGUGUCAGCUGACAAUACUGUGGGCCGCUUCCUGAUGAGCCUGGUUAAUCAAGUACCGAAAAUAGUUCCCGAUGACUUCGAGACCAUGCUCAACAGCAACAUCAAUGACCUGUUGAUGGUGACCUACCUGGCCAACCUCACACAGUCACAGAUUGCCCUCAAUGAAAAACUUGUAAACCUGUGAAUGGACCCCAAGCAGUACACUUGCUGGUCUAGGUCUUAACCCCAGGACUCAGAAGUGAAGGAGAAAUGGUUUUUUUGUGGUCUUGAGUCACACUGAGAUAGUCAGUUGUGUGUGACUCUAAUAAACGGAGCCUACCUUUUGUAAAUUAA